GGGGCAUCUUUCAACUUUAACUCAGACCAGCCAUCAUUACCUACCAAGCUGACAUUGCCUCCACACUGGAAAAGGCUGGUCGACAUAUACAUGUCUUAUACUCACAGCUGGUUCCCAAUUAUGGACCCCGGGAUCAUCACACGCACAGCUUUGAUGUAUCCCCCAGAGGGCCUUGUCAUCGAAGCCAACCCCGCGUCGGCGCUACACGCACAGCUUUGGGCUGCUCUUGCUGUCUCUCUCAUUUCAAGACGCGGCCUCUUUCCAAACCAUCACGACCCAACGGAUUCUCUCCUAACGAAAUCUGCUCUAUCGCGCAACGGCUUAUACCCUCCUCCGACGAGACCUUCGAAUUGGCUCAUAUCUCCUCACUCCUCCUUCAUUCGCUAGUACUCAUGGGCCAAAAGAAGACGAUGACAGCAUGGAUCAUGAUAGGCCGAGCUUCCCGUCUUGCUUUGCAUUAUCGCGCGACAGCAUCUCACAUGUUUCCGGUCAAGGAAGGCGACGCAGCUUCUCUGAAUCAUAACGAAGUCAGGGUGCUGGCGGGAAGCUUCAUUCUGGAUUCUCUUGCUUCACUCAGCCUGGGUCAACCGCAAGUGACAUCGGGAAUUCGACAUAGCCUUCCUUCAGUUAUUAUAGAACAAGCUCUCGACCUGAACGAGCCGUGGACUUCGCUUUCGGGAUUCGGAAAGGCGGCGGAAGAUGGACAAGAAUCAACACCAGAUUGCGCAUCACCACUAUCAACCUUUCGACAACUUUUUGCCUUCUGUAGACUUUGGGGUACCAGCAUGGAUGCAAGGCUAUACAAUGACCGCAACCCUCAACGAAUCACCCCAGAAGACCUUGUCAGGAGCCUGGACGCUCGGUUUUCAUUUUGCAAUUCUCUCAUCUUCGGUGGUUCGACGCCAAGAGUGCCCUCAGCAUAUCUGCUUCAAGGCAUGUUCUUGGCAAUCACAUUGGACUUGGUGCCAGGCGCAUCGGCCGUCUCUCUUAUCUAAUUUCAUAGAGGUUGUUGAGUCGUGUCUGGAAAACUUUGGACCAGGUGGAACACCACCAAUCAUAGCCAUCUUGAUGGAUAUAGUCAAGCACCAUGGCCAUGGGAACCGAAUGCCAGAACACGACCAAGUCAAGUGGAAUUCGACAAUGGUAUCUCUCACAGACGGCUGGAAGCUCAAAUAUCAAGGGUUAGAGGCCCCUAAAAGCAACCAGCAUACACCUAGUUCUGUGGAUCCGUCACGCCGCCCAAUAGUGAGCCCAUCAUUUAUGGAUGAGAUAUCAACCGCCUCUCAUCCCUCGCAUCACACAGACCACCCUGCCCCUAUCACAUCCGGGGAACUGGAACAUGAGCUCGGCCGGAUGCAGCAACGCCAAAAAGAGCAACAGGCGUUAUCAUAUGAACGGCAACGUUAUCAAGCUGCUGACCGUAGCCCGGCUACUUCACAGUCUCUAUACACACUAACACCCAAUUUGACCUUUCAUACCCUUCACACACCAUCUCUUGAUGGGCAAAUGGGAUCAUUACAAAACUCGAUGCCGAGCCAACUCCUUGAUUACGACGCAAUUCUGGAUGAGCUUGGAUCCAUAGACUGCGCGGAUGGUAUUGAUGUGGAUCCUCAGUUUAUGACUAACUUGGGCUUUGCGCCAGGAUGUGAUCUGGGCGAGAUGUUUCAAGGUGAUUUUGGGACAUGAUUUAAUGCAAUCUAAUCAAUAUUUACACGGAUACAUAUUCACCCAAGUUGUUCCCGUCUGCCUACCUGUAGUGUCUUGGCUGAUGGGGCGUAAUAACUGCCC